UCUGCCAAACCUCCUUUCUUUCCGAUAACUACGGAUGCCUAGGUACUUCCCCGUCUUAUCCGAACCAUCUUUCAAGACAAGCAACAAGCCAUUAACACUCCCGAAUUUCUCGACGGACUAUCUGCAAACUCUACAAUAACUGACUCUCUUGUCUGUUAACUUACACACACCAAGAUGGGCGACGUGAAAACUUCCUCCGAUCCCCCGCCGGAAUACGUCAAGGCCAGCGAGCACCUCAACCGGCCCCGGGCGCCGUCCGCCGCCGCCGGUGGUCCCGGCCCGCGGGGGCCGCUUCCCCUCAACCUCCCCAUCAUCUCCUACCUCAAGUCCAAGCGCGUGAUCCUCGCCUCGGCCUCGCCGCGGCGGCGCGCCCUCCUUGCCCAGGUCGGCCUGACGGGCCUCGAAAUCACACCCUCGACGAAACCCGAGGACCUCGACAAGUCGGCUUACGGGCCCUACGAGUACGUCUCCGAGACGGCGCGGAAGAAGUGCCUCGACGUGUACGAGACGGCGCUGCAGACGCACCUCGCCUCGAUCCCGGACCCGGACGUCGUCAUCGCCGCCGACACCGUCAUCGUCACCCGCGAUGGCCGCGUGCUGGAGAAGCCGCGCAGCGAGGCCGAGCACAUCAAGAUGCUGCGCCACUUAAGAGACACCCGCGUGCACCGCGUCCUGACCUCUGUGUGCGUCAUCGCGCCACGGGAGGACGCGCGGUCGCCGGGCUAUGAGAUUUCCAUCCAUACCGAGGAGACCAAGGUGUAUUUUGCGCAGGAGACCAACGGCCUGCCGGACGACGUGAUUGAUGCGUACGUCAAGACGAGAGAAGGCGCCGAUAAGGCGGGCGGGUACGCGGUGCAAGGCAUCGGCGGCAUGUUGCUAGUCGAGAAGAUCGAGGGCAGCUUUGAUAACGUGGUCGGCUUGCCCGUGAGGCAGACGCUCGCGCUGGCAGAGAAGGUCGUGUUCAAGCAGGGCGGUGAUGAAGUCGACGAAGAGGAGGAAGAAGAUUUGAUGUGAUUCGGACGAUUGCCAAGCGGCUUGUUACAUACCCAACAUAUUCUAAUGACGAGCAAGGCGCAUAGAGGGGGCGGGGAAACAUUACACAAUGCUUCGGCUUCUUGCCCCCGGCCUUCGACAACUAAAUGGAUUCACCCUUGGCGAAUAUAGUCACCUUUCAUGAGUCGGUUUCCGGAUCUCAUAUGGCCGUUUUUACUCCCACCAAACAAAAUCAAACCCAAAAAAAUAAAAUAAAAUAAGAGGGGGAGGGGGGUUUAUCGCCCAGUUUAUCGGGCAAGUUGCGGUUUUGUUGCUUCAUUGAGACCUUUGAUCAUGAGCGGGAUAUACCAUCCUUGGACCGCUGAGUAACUUUUGGGGAGAUGAGCAUACGCAUGGGCCGUCUCCUAGAUGAAAGGCUAGGAACAGGUCUCUCAGCCAGGUAGUAUUCGAAGCAAAGUCAGAGAGUAUGGAAACAGUGGAGAAUAGCUAGCUAGAGCUAUAUCGCAGGGGAACGGAACUGAAACAAUGAUCAAAUAACACAUGAUGCAAGAUGUUGUCCAACAUGAAUAUGGGGCGCGAGUUGCCAGCCGACCAGAAGCUACGCAACGAACGUAGAUAUCAAGCUUAAAGGUCAGGGACGCAGGACACCGAACACCUUCAGAUAGAACAUGGCGUCAUGUGAAGUGUUUACAUUCC